GGAGGUGAAGCGACCCGAGAGCACUCUACUGUACUCCGUGUGGAUCACUGUGAGCGGAUGGACCGGGCUGUGGCGCUCUGACCGCCUCUUCCCUGGAUUAUCUGGAUGCGAUUGAAACUGGACCACAUCUCCCUCUUUAUCACAUUGCUCCCAACAUCAGAUACUCUCAAGGCACCUCGUGAGUGGAGCGGGUAGGAGACGCUCGUGGAAACGGGGCUGUAAAUCCGGGCUGGUGCAGCUAGAGCCGGUGUGGCUAGAGCCGGUGCGGCGGGGAUGGAGCGCUGGAAGGGCAGAGUGGCCCUGGUCACUGGUGCCUCUGUGGGGAUCGGAGCGGCGAUCGCUCGGGCGCUGGUCCAACAGGGCAUGAGAGUGGUGGGCUGCGCCAGGAAUGUCGACAAGAUAGAGAAACUGGCAGCUGAGUGUCAGAGUGCUGGUUACAGCGGCACGUUGAUCCCGUACAAAUGUGACCUGUCCAAUGAAGAUGAGAUCCUGUCCAUGUUUUCAGCCAUAAAGACGCAGCACAAAGGAGUGGAUGUGUGCAUCAACAACGCUGGAGUGGCCCACAACGAGCCCCUCCUGAGCGGACAGACUGCGGGCUGGAGGAACAUGAUCGAUGUGAAUGUUGUGGCCCUGUCGAUCUGCACUCGUGAGGCGUACAAAUCCAUGAAGGAGAGAAAUGUGGACGACGGUCACAUUAUAAAUAUAAACAGUAUGGGAGGACACAGAGUCGUGCCAAGUGCUGAUGAGCACUUCUACUGUGCCACUAAAUACGCUGUGACUGCUCUGAGCGAAGGGCUUCGACAAGAGCUCCGAGAAGCCAACAGCCACAUCAGAGUAACUUGUAUUUCUCCUGGAAUAGUAGAAACAGAGUUUGCUUUCCGGCACCUGAACAGUGACCCAGAGAAAGCAGCAGCUGUGUAUGCAAGUAUAAAGUGUUUAAAACCAGAAGACAUAGCCAGCGCUGUGACCUAUGUCCUCAGUGCCCCUCCUCAUGUGCAGAUUGGAGACGUGCAGAUGAGGCCCGUUGAGCAGGUGUCUUAGCAAAGCAGCAGAGAGCACCAGAGGACCACAGGAGCAGCCGGCACACCUAUUGUAAAUCCUUGGCGACCUCUGCUGGCGAGUGGGGGUAAUGCAUCAACUUAACUACAACUGUGACAACGGACGGACGAAGUACAAAGUGUGCUGAAGUCUUAAAGAGACUAUGCAGGGAAUUGUCCUGAAGGGCUUGGACAUUUGAAACCACUACAACUACACUACUGAAUGCCGCAAAAUUCUGUUAUGGGUGUAAUAGCCCAGCAAUGACCUGAGCUAACUCCAGUCAACUCUAGGAAUGCUUAAAGGUGUACUAUGUAACUUUUAUAGUGGGAUGUCCCUCACCUGCUUGUCUUUGUGGAGAUGUCACUGCUUUACCUGGAAUGUUCCACAGUAUGGUAUUAUGCGUAUCUAUCUCGCAUUUGUUCAGUCACAAAAAAAAAAUCCUUCCUCUCUUUAGAUCUGAUCCUGAACUUGACCUGGUGGCAUCUUCUUGGAGUUAGAUUAGAUAACACUACAUAGACAAUAAAUACGAUCUAUGGAGGCAAGCAUGUAGUGGACAUCUCCCUGAAACAUUACACAGUGUACCUUUAAGAGAGCUGCUGUGUACCAUGUGGUCAUCUUCUGUACAUGACCAUCACUAUAGAGGGAAGAGUAUGCCAUUGAUUGCACAUGUUCUACCUUUUUAUUUUGGUGUUGUUUUUUCUAGGUCACAUUACAUAUCUUUUUCCUAUUCAACCAGAUGAGUAAUUGCUGUUUAUGACAUGAUUUGUUUUAAAAUUUUAACACUGGAUGUCCCACACCAAAAACACUAACACUAGCUGUAAUGUGUUCACACCCUUCUGCAACCUUUAUUUACCAUAUGUCUUAACACUGAAUGACCUGAUGAUAUGAAAUAAUAGUUAUAUUAAUCAAUUUUGUACAGAUUGGGGAAAAUAGACUCGGACCUUAUUAAUCAGCUUAUGUGAUUCAGUCUUGCACGUUGAAUUUAGGAAGGUUAUGAAAAGAGAGAUGAUUUGUACCCUAACAUUUUGGGGAAAAUUCUUGGCAAAUGACUUAAAACUAUUGUCCAGGAGUACUGUCAUUAACUGGGUGCUUUCUGCUUCUGUGUUACUGUAGUCACUGAAGAAAAGCAAUGCACGUUAUGGACUUUGUGACCAGCUUUAGACCUGAACAUAAGAGCUGCAUGAUUCAUGUACUCCUGUUAACCAUCUACAUAUUAUCUCUAUCGGGAAUGUCAUAUGAUAAUAAAUGAGUCACUAAAUGCACUGUGAA